CCGGAAUACGGAGAGAAUGGAAAUCUAGCCCGGACCGUGGAGGAGAGGAGAGGAGAGGGAAAGGGAAAGGAAGAGGCGGCGUGCCCACCGCGAGCACCAGCCACCAGCAACAGAACCACACGGCGCGAGUCAGUCCCUGUGGGGAGGGCCCUGCGUGUCAUCCUCCCGGCGGCAACCCAAUCCCCGCGGCCGCGUCGCCACGUGGCGCCACGGCGCUCGCCCGCCCCUAUUAAACCACACGGCCUGGGAGCGGAGGGGAGCCCAGGAAGCAAUCCGCUCGCUCGCCCGCCCGCCCGCCCACAUCGCGCCGCCGCCGCCGCCGCCGCCCGAUUCCGCAGCCACCGAACACAGACCCCCCGGCGCGGCGCCCGCCCAUGGAGGAUGCGGCGGAGACCGAGCAGCUGGAGGUGGCCGCCAUUCUGUGCGACAUAAGCAGGCUCGUGCGGUCGCGGCACCGGCGGCGCCAGCGCGCGCGCGCCGCGGCCCCGCACCUGGAGAUCCUCUCGUGGGGCCGGCGCCGGCCGCGGUCGAUGCCGGAGGUCAAGCCCUCCCCGGUCCCGGCUCCCGCCGCCGCCGAGAGGGGCGGGGCCGCUAGCCCCGACACCCCGCUCGCGUACCCGGAGAGCGGCGGGGACGACGCGCCGCCGGAGGACAAGGGCGAGGUCGCCGUAGCUCCCCCGCUGGACCAGUGGGCGGAGGAGGAACAGCAGCUCGGCGAGGCGGCGGCGAGCUUGUCCCAGCCCCGGGAGAACGCGCGUCCACUCCAGGUCGGGAGGAAGGAGCAGGAGGACCUGCCGGCGCUGGUGGUGCUGGACCUGAACGAGCCGGCGCGGGCGGCGGCCGACGACGAGGGGGAACAGCAGCCGGCGCGCGCGCGGGCGCGCGCGCGGGCCCGGGCUCGAGCGCAGGCGCGGGCGCAGGCAGCGGCCGACGACGAGGGCGAGGAGCAGCAGGAGGCCCGGGCGCGGGCGGCCGCGGCCGCCGCCGCCGCGGAGUGGUACCGGCAGGCGCAGCUGCGGGCCGCGCUGCAGAAGGCGGCCGUGUCGGCGGGCGCGCGCCGCCGCCGCCUCGAGAUCCUGCGGGCCAAGGCGGCGUGCCCGCUGGUGUCGAGCAGGAGCAGGGUGCGGCGCGCCGCCGGGUGCUGAGGGCGACGACGCGCGUCCAAGUUUUGAGGCGUGGCGGCCAGCCUAGUCGAACCGGACUAGCUGUAGCCUGUAGGGUGGCGGCGGCAGCGGCAGCAGCGUGCUACUGUAGCAGCUAAGUAUUUGUUGCAGUGCUAGUGAUUGUUUUUUUCCUUUCUUGGAUAAAGAAUGUUAGAAUGAGAUUGGGUGGGAGAACGAGGGGGAAGAGGAACUUCGAGGUGUUGUUCAUAUUCAGCAUGUGUAGAAGCUUGAUUUGAGUUGAGAGUGAGGCAAUGAGCGAGUUGACGUCGUCUGGAUCGUCUUGGAACACUGUCAGAUUUUGAUCAGCAGCAUAUCAGAAGUAACCAGAUAUCGAUUUAAUUGUAUCUACCAUCG